CCCUGACCUCGCAUCCCUGGCCCUUUAAAACACGGGAUCCGUGACCCCCUAGAUCCCUACCAUGCCCAGGAGUUUAAGCCUCGCCAUUACCUGUGUGAGAGAGUGUGGGAGUUCGCCGCCGGGCCACUGCACCGUGACCAGCCCUCGCCACCGCACGGAUACUGAGUAUAUUACUGAGUAAAGUGCUGAGGAUGCAACAAGAUCUCGAAGACGAGAAAAACGAAGCUACAAUUAAAGAUCUAGAAAGUAAAGUCAAAGAUCACGAAGCUGUUUUGGAGAAAAAGGACUUCGUCAUUCAAGAUCUAGAAAAUAAAGUCAAAGAUCACGAAGCUGCUUUGGAGAAAAAAGACUUCGUCAUCCACUCUAUGGAGGGUUCGCUGUUAGAAGCUCAAGCCGAAAUUGACAGAUUAAACAGCGAAUUACUCAAAAAAUCAGAGGAAGAAAAGAAGAAUCUUGAAACUAAUCUCAAAACCGAAAUUGAGAAGAGUUCAAAUUUGCAGAAAUCAUUGAAGGAGCUUCAGGAUAAAUGUUUAGACUUCGGCAACCGAUGCGUGCAACGGCUGAAGGAUGUCUUUCACUCAAUUGGAGCCAGCUCUGAUAAGUUUACACCUUCAGUUGAAAACCUGCCAAGCACCUUUGAAUAUAUUGAGGGCGAAGUUGAUGCACUUGACGAAGUUAUCGCUGGGCAUGCCGAUUUCUGCGCCCUGUUAGCUUCUCGGGGCACAGCUACUGCUUUCCUGAAGAGUGGCUGCACGCACCGGAAAAUUGUUAAUAGGCCAAACUUCAGUUUGUCACCAGCAGAUUUGAUUGACAUCCCCAGCCUAGCUCGAAGCAUAGGAAACAGGUUUAUGACUCAGAUUUGGAUAAACGGCGGGCGAAAAAUGGCUGGUGACGAAGCUCGAAGCCACCUUAAGCCAGAUGAUGAAGCUAAAGAAUGAUGAGCUGAAGCUUUAACAGAUGUUCCGAAAGACUUUGCUGCAGAAGAUUCUAGAGAAAAUUUUGUAAUAUGAUUGUAAAGAAAUUUAUGUAAAUUUGUGCGUACCUCGUAAUAUAUCUUUACCCCUUUGUCCGUGUAUAAUCUGCUUUGCUGUGGACGAAUUUUUUUUUUGAGCCGAAGGCGAAAAACACCUUCCCUUCUUUUCGUACACAACGAAGCAUGAAAAUUUCUUCUUUUUGUUUUUCCCGAAGCUUUAUCCUUAUAGCCAAAGCAUCUGCCUUCUCUGUAUGAUAUGAUGAUAAUGAUCCUAUAUAUGUCUAAAUGAAUGUUUAUGAA